CUCUCACCCAGCUGUAGAGUAUCUCAGGCUCUUUCACUGUUCUUCAUACCAUAACGACUGUUCCGAUCAAUCACCAUGUCCAAGCGUGCCGCUCCGUCUUCUAUGCCGGACCAAAAACGAACCCGGUUCGCUACUAGUCAUACAACUCAUUCUAUCUCCCCCAGCGGCACCCCGGCUUCCCUGGAGGAAGAUGACGCGUAUCUCAACGAUGAUUUCGAGUCCAACGCCGCUGCUACCCGCCAAAAAGCACGACGGGGAUUAAGAGAUGCUGGUGGUUACGCUUCUGACUCAAGUGGAGAUGAAGAGGGUGUUGUGCCAUCCCGACGGCCGGGGGCCAGAGGCGAUGAUGAAGAUGAUGUUGACAUGUUUGCGGACGAUGUCGAUGAGAGUAAGGGGAAGGACAAGGAAAAGCCCAAGGAGAAGGAGUUUAUGAGCCUGGAAGACAUUGAGGGACAAGAGUUUGACAAGCCUUCACAAGCAAAGGACUAUAGCGAUUCGGAGACUGAAGAGGUGAAGACAGGGCUAGAUGGAGACAUGGGUAUCGAUAUCACGCCCUUCAACAUGAAGGAUGAGCUUGCUGAGGGAAGGUUCACGGCCGGUGGAGAGACAUAUGUCGCCAAUGAGGAAGACCCGAACGAUAAGUACGAUGUUUGGUUAAGCGAUGUUGAUAAAGAAGAAAUCAAGAAAGCACGAAGAGCUCAUCGGGAGCAGCAGAGGCUUGAGGAGGAAAGGCAAGCAAAGGAAGCUGGAGGAGGAGAGGAGAAGGAGAAAAAGGAGAAGGAGUUGCUGCAAGCUGCUCUGAGGCUUAUGGAGAGAGGAGAAACCGUGCUUGAGGCGCUUCAGCGUUUGGGCAAGCAAGUGGAAGAUGAGCGAAAGAAGAGGGAGGCUGGCUCAAAGAAGAAAAGCUGGGCUGAAAGACAAAAAGAAAGAAAAGUUUUGAUGGCAGCCCAGGAGGAACAGACCGAUUCUAUUCACACCUCCAAUCCCUUCACAAAUCUUUCCAACAUUGUAUCAGGCCUUACUACCAUUGGCCAUCUUGACGUCUACUCUCUGUCACGAGAAUCGAUCCAAAGAAUGUUACCCGCCCCCGCGGACGGAGCUCAUAACCCUCCUCGAGCAGCUCCUCCACCUCAGCCGAUAUCGGAUAACAGGCAGUUUCAGUAUAGGUUCUCCAUGGCCUACGUUAAAAACUUGCCGGAGGGUCAGCGCCCUGUUGAACGUGAAGUGUUUGGACCAUUCUCAUUACUACAGCUGAGGGGAUGGCGUUCUACAGGUUUCUUUGGGCCUUCAUCUGAGAACGUCGAGUUGAGGUUGGUGCCGGAUGGCGGUGAGCCUGGACAAUGGGGUUCUUGGACAGAAGUCAUUGGGCAAUGAACAUGAUCAAAUCUAUUUUAUAGCAGUGCAUGUCUAUUUGCAUGCGAUGACAUGUUUAUUGUUCCUUCUUUGACUCGUCUGCAGGGCUAUCUUUUAAAGAGUCGAGGUCAAUGGGUGGAGGCAUGUUAUUCGGUCGGCUUUGUACACGAGUGAGCUCCAAGACGAACCUACGUACAUGUUAUUAGUUUUUAACUGUCGACAUCGUGGAUUGAACGUACCAAGCCAUAGAUCCCCAGAGUAGUAAAGUGACAGCGAGCAAAAGAAGGACGUGCUUGUUCCAUUGAGUCAAGAAAGCAAGAGCGAAAAGGCUAUGACCUUAAGGUAAUGCCAUGUCGAGCAAAGUUCGUACCCAUAACCACAGCAGGAUUCACACCAGGCUAUGUAAAGGGUCAGUACUUCGUCAUAGCGGGCGGAAUUGGUAAUGGUACCUUCCGACAUGGUGAAGGCUUGUGGUUCAGCUUCUAUUGGGAUGUUCUAUGCAAAGAAGAAUUGGUGGAAGGAAAAGAGAUGACGAGCCAAAUAAGAAGUAGUGACGUGUAUGGAGUUGG